AUGGGAUACAACCUCCUGAUUGACAGAAGCGGGAAGCUUCUCAUGAAGAAGAAUGCGGUUGUCGCAACGGUGAUGAAGGCCUCCGGCAAGACUCGUCGCAGGUAUUCAGCCCACAUCUUUGCGCAUGCCAUUCUUCACUGGUAUUCAACUACGAAGCAGAUGCCUAGAGGAAUAAGCCCCAAUUGUGCCUCCGUCCGCGACUGGGCUUUGCGUACCGGGACUGCCUUGCGGAAGCUUGCGUCCUUGAUGCAUGAGCUGACUUGUGCUAGGAUACUGGGAAUGACGUUGCAUAGGUCACAUGACAGGGCACUCUGUGAGCUGAAAGAAGAAGUUCUACCAUAUCUCCCUCCAAGAAAGAAAAGCAAAGCCGAGAAGCAGGAGCACGCCGACGAUUCCGAGGAUUCCGAUUCCUCUGAAGCCGUGGAGUCCGAUGAUGAGGCUCCAAGACGAAAGGCCCUGUCUGAUUUGGAAACCCCACCACGAGUGGACAAGCUGGCCCAGCUGAAGAAGCUCGGUGUGUUACACAUGCAGGGGAGCAUCGUUGCUGAUGUCAAGGCUCCGGUGCCCGAGUCGAAGGAUCGCUUGUCCACAGUGGUGGCCAAGCUGCAGGUCCUGGAGAGUUUGCAGAACUUGACGGCAGAGCCUACGCCCUUUCUUCCUAAGCUGCAGUACAAGAAUCAGGAAUGCGACAGUGCAGAUGAGGACGAGUUAGCUGAUACUUCUGCGAAACCGAAACGCAAGCCCAUGAAGAAGAGCAAGCGCAAACAUGCAAAGAAGAAGAAGAAGACCUCGAGCAAGGCUGCUGGUAGCAGCAGCAGCAGCAAAGGGAAAAAAAAACUGCCGACAGAUGGCAGCUGCAUGUACCGGCCUGGAAAUUUCAAGCAGGAGCGCUUGGACUUCAUAUACAGAACCAUGAAAGAGAAGAACAUCAAGUUUUUCGAGGCAGCUAAGUAUUGGCUUCCCAGUGCACACCGGGCUUCUUUGCUGGACGGUUUACCUAGAUCGGAGCUCCAAAGGCUUAGCCGUGGAUUGUGCCACUCCUGGGCCAGUUUGGGGCCUCUGUUCUCGAACAUGGUUGUGGCAGAGCUGUUGCAGUGGAGGGCCCCUCUGCCCUUGGUGCUGCUUUGCAUUAUGCUUGGCUUCCACCCACGUCUCCGACAUAAACAGGACUUCGACUUUGUGGAGCUCUUCUGUGGAGAUGCUGAAGUCAGCAGCAAGCUCCGCCAGGAUGGCUUGGAUGGAGCUUCGUUGGAUUUCAUGAUGAAUCCCUACAGAUUCGACCUCACCGCAGACGUAGGGUUUGCGCUUGCGCUGAAUGCAAUCCUUCGUUUGCGACCUGGUGGUGUGGUUGUCGUGGGCCUUUGCUGCGAAAGCUUCUCCAUAAUGUUUUCCGUGCCAGCUGGUACAUGGGAAAAUUCGGUGGCUCCACAGCAAAGCGUCAUAUGGGAUGGAGCAACGAUGAGAUACACUGCGACUUUUGGGCACAAUGUUGUGGACAUCUUUCGCAAAAGGCAGCUGCUCAAGGAUCAUGGCGGUCCACAGAUGAUGGCCGAUCUGCUGGCCAAAGUGUGCACCUCUGUGGCCGAUGCUGUUAAGGAUCGCAAGCAGCAGCUCCGUGCGGAGUUUGCUCGUGGCAAUGCUAUGAGGAAGCAUGCAAAGGAAACGGGCAUGGUGUACGACUUGUCAACACCCUUGUUGGAUGAUGGCACAUGCACCAUUACCCUGGGUUCUCUUAUGCAAUCGGAGAAUCUUCAGUAUGAAGAAGCUGUUGAGGUCAUGAAACGUUUCCGUGCAGAAGCUGAGCCUGAAGGUGGCCACUGGGAGUUGCCGAAGCUGCCCAAGGCCAAGCCUGCCAAGGCUUCCAAGAAGACGUCUGAGGGUUCUGCUGUUGCAGCGAGCGACACUACAAACCCGGAGGAUGCCGAGCCUGCUUCUAAGUCUGCUCCCAAAAAGCGCAAAGCCAAGGAUGCAGGGCACGAUGCCAAAGCCAAAGCUAAAGCGAAAGGUAAAGCCAAGGCAAAAUCUGCGGCCCCACCCAUGGAUGAUGCUCCUGAGCCUGAGGAAUGCCCUGAGCCAGCCCCUCCCAAGAAAAAGAAGACAAAGCAGCCGGCUAAGGAGCCAUCAGAAGCAAGCAGCGCAAAGCCAACGACGAACAGCAAGAAGCGAGCCAAGCAGGAAGAAGCAGCAUCGGAUCCAACCCCCGAGCCAACCCCCGAGCCAACCCCAGAGCCAGUGACAAGGAGCAAGAAAGUGAAGAAAACGAAGAAAGGUGGGAAGGCCAAAAAGUCUUCGAAACUUCGCAAGCUCCGGGCCAAGGAGCACCUCGGAGAAGAGGCUGAAGAGGAGCACCCCGAGGAACACGAGGAGGAGGAAACCGCCCCAACAGAUAAGCCUGGCAACUUGGAUGAGGAGGUCGAAGCAAUGAUCAGGGAAAUCGAUGAGCAAAUGAGCGGGCCAGAAAAGGAGAAGGAGGAGGAGGAGGAGGAGGAGGAGGAGAAAGCUUCCCCGGCUCCCACCCGACCCGUGGUGAAGCACCGGCGCGUGGCUAAGGGACCUCCCACCGAGCCUCCUACGUCCUGCCUCUCUCUCGAGCUUGGGGAGAAGCAGAUGGCAUUGGAGAACACAGGCCCAGAUUACGACGAUACCGUCGUGAAUGGGUCCUCGGUUUCUGAGUUGGGAGCUUCCGCUUCACAAGUCAGCAACAAGAAUGCUGAUUACAAUCACAUCUUGACCCUUGUGGGCCAACUCCAGCAGCAGCUGACCCGGCAGCAGGAACGUCGGGAUGCUGAUGCCAAGGCAGCCGAUGAUGCUGCUGCAUUGGCAGCGAUCGAGGACCAGAAGAGCGCCGAAGCCGAAGACCUCGAUGGGGAGGUUGCUGAGGAUCAUGAGUUGGAGGCCCAGGCGGAGGCUGAGAUGGUGGAGAAUACUGAGAGUGAGGUUUCUUCUAAGAGGGAUGCUGAGGCAAAGGAAGCAGCAGAGAAGGACGAUGCAGAUCCGCCCCAACGGGCUGUGGCCACCCCUGCUCGCAACUCUGAUCGUGCCGAAUUGCUCAAAAGAUGGGUGUCAAGCGGGGAGAACCUAUCAUCAUGUGAGCACGAGAUUAUCGCAUCUCGGCGGGCCAACCUCCGAUCCAAGCGCACGCUGACUCUUGUCAGCGUGAAGGACCGGGACUGUCCCGGAGUGGUCGAGGAGACCAAGUAUUGGGUGACCACCGAGGAGAGCAAGACCGACACCGUGGACAUUGGGCAUGAGGAGCGGAUGACUAUGCAUGCGACUCCCUCGAGUGCGAAUGCCUACAACAUUUUGGCUGGCCCUUCGACCCCAGGUAUGCUGGAACGUCCAAGGACUACGAACCCUCAGCCUUUGUCGGGUGAUGUUCUCCGAGCGUAUGAUUCCUACCGUGAUAAUUUGGCGGUUGCUGCUGGGGUGUCUGCAGGGGGCAAUCCGGGAGGCAAUCCGGGUGCACGGUCCACGGAGCACUUCCGAACCGAUCAGGAAAAGCACGACAAGUGGAGUGCGGAAAUCAAGCGUGAGCUGGCUUCCCUGUCCAGCCUGCUCAUCGAUCUUCCCCAAGACGAUGAGCUCACGCAAGACCUCGACAAGUACAACAAACGCUUGAAAGCUUUGGCUCUGAAGACUCCUGUUCGCAUCUAG